AAAUUUAAAAAGGAGUUUAACACUCCUCUUAGUUUAACACUCUCUCUUUUUUUCCUUUUGCUCAUUUGUUUUAGGCUCAUGGGCAGAGAAAACCAGACCUGGAUGAGUGAGUUCAUUCUGCUGGGGCUGUCCAGAUGCUGGAACACUCAGGUCUCCCUCUUUGUCCUUUUCCUGGUCAUGUAUCUGGUGACUGUGCUGGGGAACUUCCUCAUCAUCCUCCUUAUCAGACUGGACAGCAGGCUACACACACCUAUGUACUUUUUCCUCAGUGUCCUGUCAUUUGUGGACAUCUGUUACACCAACAGCACCGUCCCACAGAUGCUUGUUCACUUCCUGUCAGCCCAGAAGUCCAUCCCGUUCCACAGCUGUGUGUUCCAGCUGUUUAUCUCCCUGGCCAUGGGCAGCUCCGAGUUUUUCCUGCUGGGAGCCAUGGCCUAUGACCGCUAUGUGGCCGUGUGCCACCCGCUGCACUACACAGCCAUCAUGCAUGGGGGGCUUUGCCUGGCGCUGGCUACUGGCUGCUUGGGGGCUGGCUUCAUGAAUUCACUGAUGCAGGCAGUGAUCAUCUUCCAGCUACCUUUGUGCCAUAAUGUCAUUAAUCACUUUGCCUGUGAGAUGUUGGCUGUGCUGAGGCUGACCUGUGUGGACAUCUCCUUCAACAAGGUCAUGGUGGCCAUCUCAGGAUUUUUGGUGAUCAUGCUUCCCUGUUUUCUGGUUCUGUUCUCCUAUGCUCGUAUAGUUGCUGCUAUUCUGCAUAUCCGCUCCGCCCAAGGACGCUGCAAAGCAUUUGAGACCUGUGCUUCCCACCUCACUGUGGUUUCCAUGUGCUUUGGAACAGCCAUCUUCACAUACUUGAGACCCUCUGCUGGCUCCUCAGCAGAGCAAGAGAAGAUGGUCGCUCUGUUCUACGCUGUGGUGACCCCGAUGCUAAAUCCCUUAAUCUACAGCUUGAGGAACAAGGAGGUAAUGAGCGCCCUAAGAAGACUGUUGGGAAAAUUAAGUGAAAAAAGGUGA